AUGGGGAUGGCAAGCGAGGACCUGCUGGUCACCCUUCAGAUACUGCCGGGCUUCUUCUCCAACUGCCUGUUCCUUGCCUUGUACGACUCCGUGGUGUUGCUGAAGCGCAUCGUGUCCCGGCUCAGCCGCUCGCGCUCCCCCGGCAGCGGGGCGCAGCACCGCAUGCUGACGUCCGCGGGGCUGCGCUCCGUCUGGAAGAGCUUCCUGCUGGACGCCCACAAGCAGGUGAAACUUGGUGGCGAAGCCCCCAAUUCUAAAGUGGUCAAAGUACCAAAUGGUUGCGGUCCCUGCAGUAUGACUAGUGUACCCCGAGGGAUCGGGAUCCGGCACACAGAUGAGUGCCACCUCCUAGAUUUCGAAUCAUCAGACCGCCCUCUGGUGGUCAACUUUGGUUCAGCUACUUGACCCCCUUUCAUAAACCACCUACCAGCCUUUCGGCGGCUGGUAGAGGACUUCUGUGAUGUGGCUGACUUCCUGCUCGUGUAUAUUGAUGAGGCUCACCCUUCUGAUGGCUGGGUGGCACCUGCCAUGGGCCCGAGCUCUUUUACUGUCCGCAAGCACCAGAGCCUGGAGGAGCGGGUGGUGGCAGCCAGCAAGCUGAUGGAGCAUUUUUCUCUUCCACCCCAGUGUCAGCUGGUGGCUGACAGCAUGGACAACAACGCUAACGUGGCUUAUGGUGUGUCCAACGAGCGGCUGUGUAUUGUACAGCAGAAGAAAGUUGCCUACUUGGGUGGGAAAGGACCAUUUUUCUACAACUUGAAGGAUGUGCAGCAGUGGCUGGAACACAGCUAUGGCAAGCGGUAG